AUGUUCAUGUGUGGCACACUGAUCGUUUCGAGGAGAACAUAUUAUGGCCUGUUCCCUAGCAUUAGCUGUCUUCAGGAGUCCCCUGAAGACAGCUUAUUGUUUCAGGAACAGCGGAUGGCUCUUCCUGAAACCGUUGCGCCGACUUUUGAUAUGUCUAACGACGUUUUACUAAGAAGUGAUCCUUCUUCCUACCCGUUUUGUUCCUACUCAACUGAUUCCGUUGAAAGUGAUCAGAGCGAUUCGCACCUUUCAGAUUCCUAUGACUCGUCUUCUCUCUCUUCUGUCGAGCCAGUUGGAGGUCUUAACUCUUACUUACAGUCCCUUAUUGUUAAACAACAACAAACUAAAGCAAAAGAAAGAAGAUUGAGGAGAAUGCAAAUCUUAAAGAUGAGGAGGAAGAAUGGGCUUAUUUCUUUUGAUGUGAAGCCUCUUAGAUAUGAAAGCAAACGUCGACGAUAAUCCUGCUAUUU